CAGUGCAUUGUCUUGUUUGUUCCAGGUACCUUGCCUGAGAAUCUUGGCAUUUCGGGUGGCUGCGAUAUUCGAAGAGACAAUGUGCAUGCAAAAUAUUAUAGCAGCGAAGUAGUGCAGCAGAUUGCCGAGAUGAAAGAAAUCCCAGCUAGUUUCUUGCAAGAGAUUGAAAAGGCCGUCCAGAAUGAAUCUGACGAGAGCAUUUCCGUUCUUGGUAUGUAGAGUUUUUCGGAGAGAAGUUGAAACUCGGCCUGGAAAAGCUUGCAAAGACUGGGGAUUUUUCCAGGAGCUCGCUGUUUAAAAACAUUUUUCCUCUCUCAUAUUUUCUACUUUCAGGCAAUCAACCACGGCGUCUUCAGAUGGCAUUCUGCCAUUUUAGACCACCGGUGCUCUCAUGGGAUACAGACGCUACGGCACGUCCUCUCAUUCGGUCCUGGACAUUCUCGAUAUGACUCUGAAGGGCCGUUCAAGAAAAGUUGAGACAUGGCCUUCAGAACUUUCCAACUUUGUGUUCGUUUCUAUUCUUUUCUUUCUUUUCUCUCCAUUGGCGAGUUUUUAUCAUUCUUUGCAGAGAGGUGACAGGAGAGCAGAUUCGCAGCAACCUCUGCAAGUCUCGGCUUGCCCGACGAUUACAUCGCGAUCGAAGACGUCAUUCGUGGAGGAGAUUCUCCUUCAGUAGAGGAUUGGAAUUUCUCUGUUUGUUUUUUCUUUGGCUUGCAACUAUGGACUUCUUCGCAGAUAGCCUGACGAAAUCCGGUGAAACUGAUGCGUUCACAGCAUUGAUAUCUUGGACUUCGUGUUUGUGAACUCGCAAGCUCCUAUGGCUCCCUACACAAAUGCUUCUUGGACCUUUGUUGCAAACUCGGGUAAGCAAUGUGAUUUUUUAUUCUGGUGUUUUCUAUUUCACAGGCCGUGCUUUUCUGAAGACAUAUAGCAUAGUUUAGACCAGACAACAGACCCUGCGGAUGCGUCAAGUAAGCUUUUCUCAGGUAAUUGCUAAGGUCUUUUCAUACAGACUUAGGACGAACUGAUCACCCGGAAGGGUAACGUACGUUGUUCUUCCACAGUGUCUGCUCAUGUAUUUUAUUUUUGCAAAGAAACCUGUGUUCUUCUAUGGUGUUCUUGGGUCAUGACGCUAGACUGUUCAUGCCACUCCCGAAGGGUAGGCUUUGUGUCCUUCCGGCUCAAGAUUUCAACUAUGCAUGGUGUUCGUGAUAUUUGCCUACGACGGACUCAAGGCAGCCACAGAAGGUGUCAAAGCCACGAAGACGCAGAGUGGGAGAUGCUCUGGGACGCUGAAGGUGCCAUGCAUCUCGUAAAGAAAAGCCUCCCACAAACUAGCGUUUCAAAGCUCCGAGUGAAGAAGAAAUGCCGUAGCCUCCACCGUCCCGGACGAAGUUACACCGCAAUCUUGGUCCGAGCGGCACGAAUAGAUUUCGGGAAAAUGGUCGAGCCAAUGACGUUCCUCGCCACAGUGAACUUUUCUCUCUACGGUGGUGAAGGGCUGGACGUAAUACUGUGCUUCAAAUUUGAUCGUGAGCUUCGCGCUUACUUCGAAGAGGUCACAGCAAGCAGAUAA